AUGGCCGUCACAAGUUCACAACAACAGCGUGCGCUCAUUCUUGAUAUCGGCGAUGUGCUGUGUCACUGGUCUAUCGAAAAUCUCACUGCCAUCUCUCCUCAAAGUCUCCACGCCAUCACCCGAUCGCCAACCUGGAGCGAACUGGAACGCGGCUGUAUUAGCGAGACAGAAGCCAUCCAAGCUAUCAGCAAGGAGCUCUCUCUCGAUCCUGACGCCAUCGAUACCGGGCUCAUGGAAUGCCGCAAGACAUUGCGCGUCGACCAAGAGCUCACAUUCCAACUCAAAGAGCUCAAAGCUGAGCUAGGUGACCAUCUCAAGGUUUAUGCCAUGAGCAACAUUGCCAAGGAACAUUUCGCCUUUGUCAAGACCGUACUAUCCGACUGGGAUCUGUUCGACGGCGAGUUUUUGUCCUUUGAGGUUGGCAUGACGAAACCUGAUCUACAAUUUCACCAGCAUGUUCUGGAUAGCCUCAACUUGAGCGACCCUUCUUCCGCGAUCUUUGUGGACGACAAAGUCGCCAACGUCAAUGCCGCCCGCUCCUUCGGAAUUCAUGGCAUCGUCUUCGACUCCUCGACCGCUCUUAUUCGUCAGUUGCGUAACCUUUUGAUGGAUCCUGUUGCCAGGGCACGCCGCUUCAUGACCGUGAAUGCGCACAAGCAUACAUCGUGCAUUCAGGAUGUCGCCCCCGUGAUUUUUGAUCACUUCGCCCAAUUCCUCAUACAAAUUGAGUUGAAUGAUGAUAGCGUCAUCAGUCUCUCACCACCCGGCGCUUCCAACGCUGAUGUCCAAUCGGACAUCCGACAGGCCCGUAGCCAAGCCAAAGCAUGGAACUUCUUCAAUGGCCCACCAGUCGGCACAACGAAAACGUACCCUGAUGAUGUCGACGAUACAGCUCUCGCCUUUCUUGCGUUCUCUCCACCUGCAGCAUCUGCCAAUCCGAUCUUGGACCGUAUCGUCGAGAACAGGCACGAUAAAGACGGUCUUAUCAUGAUCUAUCUUGGUGGCACGAGGCCCCGUGUAUGCCCGUUCAUUAUGCUCAACGCCGUCCGUGCCCUCUAUAGAUACGGACGCGGCGCAGAAGUACAGCCCGAGCUCGAACACAUUCGUCGCGUCCUUCUGAAAGGCGGUCACAUCGAUGGAUCGGAACACUAUCUUGCCAGCGAGACCUUUCUGUACUUUCUGGCGUGUCUCAUCGAAGAUAAUCCCACUGCACCUGAGGUCCAGUCGCUACGUAAGCCAACGGUUGAGGCCUUACGUCAACGCGUCAAUCGCCCCGGGGAUUCUUUCGUCCUCGCCUCACGUGUCUUAGCAUGCCAGAAGCUCGAUGUGGAAACCCAAUCUGACCUGGCAUCUUUGAAAGAGUUGCAGGAAUGUGACGGAGGCUGGGAACUGGCGUGGAUAUCUCGUUUCGGUAGGAGUAAGAAGAUGAUCGGGAACAGAGGAAUACCUACGGCUUGGGCUAUCAAGGCACUGGACAUUCCCCGGAGCGAGUUCCAAUCCGUCUCCGACAUUGAAGAGUGGGGCUAUGUUCUGGAUGUUAAAACCGACACCCGGAUAGGGAUUAUGUGUUCGGCGCAACAUGUGCUAGAAACUACCAGGAACGGCGAGACCUACCUGGCCACCGACGCCUGGUUUCUCAAUAAUAUAUAUCUUGAUGAUGGCAUGAUCGAAUCGGCGGCUAACUACGCGCCUCAGGCGUUGGCAUCGGGCUUGGUAAAGUUCGUAGACCAGCCGGAGCGCGCAACGGUGCCUACGCUGUUGCCCAAACUAUGCCACUGGAGCGACAUGGCAUACCUCACAUGGAUGCAUGUUACUCGCACUGAAUCGCCAAAGCCAGUGUUACGCACCGUCUCUCACUACGGUGACAGUGUUGCGUCUGAAAUGGUAGUGCAGCAUGUAAUAUCUGGAGUACAGCCGCGCAAAUCUGGGCCUUAUCUCGAAUACGAGUUUGAUGCAGACUCAGACGAAGCUUUAGCGAUACUUGGGACGCCUGAAGGAACUGGUACCGCCUACCUACUGAUACAACAUCGGGAGGGGUUGGGUCGUCGGGUUGUCGACAAGAUUGUUGCAUCUCAGUUCGCUGAUCCGGAAUCUAGGCACUUGCAAAUUGUGUUUCACAUCAAAGAUGCGGAGCAGGUAGAUGGACGCGUCAUGUAA